GGUUGCACCUGGAGUAUUGUGUACAGUUCUGGUCAUAACACUCCAGGAAGGAUCUGGUUACAGUAGAAAGAGUGCGGAAGAGAUUCACAAGGACGUUGCCCGGAAUGGAGGGCUGGCCUUACAAGGAGAGACUAGAUCGGCAUGGUUUAUUUGCACUGGAGAGGUGAACUAACUCCUCUGCCUCCGACGAGUUGAUAAAAUUAUAACCCCUCUGAGGGGCUAAGCCUUUCCCCAGCGGUGCUGCUACUACAACAGGGCGGAAAGUCAUUAUCUCCUGACAGACGGUCACAAGGGCAGAAGAAUGUGAAAAUGACCGAGGGCAGAGGAAUGUAAGAUGGGGAGCAUUUCACAGAGUUUCAGCUGGUCUGAAAGUGGGAAGACUUGGGGAGGUGGCAGCGGGGAGGGAGAGAGAUCGGUUGCUCUGCAAGGGAUUUGGGCCGUUCGGUUUCCAUGGCGUUUCUCAUGAAGAAAAAGAAGUUUAAGUUCCUGGUCACCCUGACCCUGGAGGAGCUUUCGGCGGUGCCGUUCGUUAAUGGGAUCCUUUUCUGUAAGAUCCGUCUCCUCCACGGUGGAACCUUCACCGAUUUAUCCUCCAGGGAAGAGGUGCGACAGAACUGUGUCCGGUGGGGAAAGAAGUCCAGCUUCAUGUGUAAGAUGACCGCCAGCCCGGUGACCGGAGUGCUGGAGCCCAGCGUCUGCCGCUUGUCCAUCCGCAAGGAGCUUAAAGGUGGAAAAGCUUUCAUUAAGCUGGGAUUCGUUGACUUGAACCUCGCCGAGUUUGCUGGCGCUGGCUCCACUGCUCGCUGCUGCCUCCUAGAGGGCUACGACACCAAGAACACCCGGCAGGACAACUCCAUCCUCAAGGUCUCCAUCAGCAUGCAGUUAUUGUUGGGGGAUCCGUGCUUUAAGACGCCACCAUCCAGCGCCAAUCCCAGCACGGUUGUGGGGAGUGAGGGAAGUUUGGAAGCCGACUGCAAAGGCGAUGCAGGGAAGGAAAGGGAAACUCUCCGGCGACCCAACUCUCUGAGGCUGCCCAAGUGUCGCUCACUCAUCAUGGGGUCAGGCAUCUGUGAGGAUUUGGACAGCGCUGGGACCCCUCCGGAAGAGACUGUCUACGGCCGGCGAACAAGGAGCUCCACCUCCAGCUUCGGCAGCCUCCUUUCUAAAGGCUCCGGUUACAGUUCCGAGCACUCCCGCUGCGUCUGCCUCUCGGAGCCAACCCGACGGCGCAAGUUUUCGUCCAGUAGCAGCGGCUUGUCGUCGGGGCCCAGCAGUGCGGCUGAAAUGGAGGCUGGUCCCAGGGAGAUGGUCUUCGAGAAGCCGCCUCGUCCCGCCAGACCCCCUGAACGGUUGCUAAGGCGGAAGAACCAGGCCCUCGAGAGUUACCCGUCGUGGAUCAGUGAUACCAGGGUCAACGCGGAUGACAUCGUGGAGAAAAUAGUGCAAACCCAGGACUUCACGGACACCAGCAACUCAGAGGACAGCGGACUACAGCUGUUCGUGGGCCGGGACGGAUCGACCCUGUUUGGGGGUGUGCAGCUCGGCAACAGGCAUUCAGUGAGUGACUACAUGCCAGUGGUAAUUGGUGGCCGUUGAAGCGAAAGGCCGUCGUGGGAUCGGGCUGUGCCCUUGUCCCUGGGAGGCGUCGAGCGGGGAUGCCGAUUUGGAAGGAGGGUGGGCUGGGAAUGGUGCUGGGAUCCAUGGACGGGGAGGGGAUGCUGAUACGCUAGUUCCUUGUGUCUACAGAGUGGGCCAAUAGGAAGCUGGGUCCUCCUGGGUCCACCCAGGUGGGUGCCUAUUCACCAGCAGAUUUGGUUCCUUUCAGCUUCUGUACUCCCUGGCUGAGCCAAGGGGGUUGUAGCUCAAAGGGUGAUCAAUAUCUGUGCUGUAGUCUUUGGGUUUCUGGACAAGUGAACCAGAGUCAUCAGUUCAAAUCCCACUAUGGCAUUAGGGUUAACUCAAAUCAGGAUAAUUUAUAAUUAAUGCCGGUAACCAUGAAGCAACUGGAUUGCUGGUUUAAAAACCCACCAAAUUCACUGUUAUUGCCAGAUCUGGCCCAGACAGGACCUCAGACACAGUGGUCAUGGGUGAGUUACCUCUUGCUUCAGUUCGGGAGUAAAUAGGGAUGAGUAAUAAAUGCUGGCACUGCUGACGAUGACCUCUUCCCCUCACUGAAUAACUUGGAACUAAAUCCAAAUGAUGCUGCUCGGUGAGGAGAACCUUCAGCCCAUUGUCUUUACUAGCUCUUUGGCAGAGCCAUUGAACUAGUUCCCUGCGUUAACCCUCCCUUUUCCUGUCGGAGUAUGUAUCUGACUCUUCAGUCAGUGGACUGGGGAUAAAAGAAAACUAUUCCGGGAGAAUGGAUUUUACCACCCUGUUUACCCCACCUACAGUGCCUCCAACCCAUAUGAUCCACCCUUAAGAUUGACCCAAACAUGGUUAACAUGAUGGUCCUUUCAGGGUAACUCCAAUUGUCCUACAAGAUCAUGGCAACAUUGUCCUUUAGAUUUGAGUAACUGCUGGGUUCCUGGUUGGGUUGGCCGGUUGGAUAAACUUGUCAGCACCCACUUCCUCUGGUAAUCCAGGGACUGCCAAUGGAGACAUAAGGGACUGCAGAUGCUGGAAUCUGUUGUUGCUGCAGGGAUUUCCAAUGCUGGGCAAUGUGUAGUGGGCUCCAGAAAUCUGUCUGUUGCCAUAGCACUGUACACUGCAGCCUGGAGUUGGCACCAUGCACCACGGCAGAGCUCAGAAAAUAUCAGGAAGGAAAACUGACCACAUAUCUUGACAAUUGUAUCAUUCGGGGUUGGAAGGGAGAUGUGUAUUUAAUGCAAGGAUAUGCAGAUCUUAAUAUAUUUUGAU